GCUCUUUCAUAAUGACGGAGAAAACAACAAAAAAGAAGGCAGAAGCUGAUGAACUAGGAGAGACAUAUCAGCUGGCCGAAGAAUCGGUUGCAGAAAUCAACGACGAACUUGACGAAUUCGAAGCGAGACUGAGUGGAAAGAACCCUGCUCCCCGUCCAAGCGGACAGGCAAAGUCAUCCAAACCCACACCUCAAAGCCAUGCACCGCCUAUGUUUGCUCCACCCAAGAACUAUGUCAAGGUCAAAUCGACAGCGAUGAGCGAGGAGAAGGAGGAUGACAUGGAAGCGAUCAAAGCAGUCUCAGAGUUGGAGGCUUUCGAGCUUCGCAUGGCGAACGGCAAGAACUAAGUGUUGACAGACAGGUGCUACCACGAACUCACAGAGGAAUCUUGACGAAUGUCUCACUUUAUUGUUGUACCUCCCUCAAGUUUUAAGUUAAAGCUCGAAGCGUCGGGCUUCUUGUAAAUCGCUGACUUGUUGCUUCUUGAGCUGCUGGGUAUGAAUGAACUCAUGAAUUCAUCC